GAGCUAAGGUUCGGGCCCCGCCUGGGAGGUUGAGAGCAGCGGGUGCCGGGGACCCGGCGCCAGCUUGGGAGCCUAGGAGUUCCAGGGGGAGGGAAGUUGUCAAACGGAGGCCGAGGGAAAUGAGGCGGAGGCCGCGAGAAGCGAGGAGCCCCGCCCCUCCGCCAUAGCGGCCUCCCAGUGCCGCCUCUUCCUUUACAGCCUGCAGCCCGCCCCUGCCUUCCGGCCCUAGGCCGGACCGGGCCCCACCGGUUCCCUCGGGAGUUAACCGCUGAGCCGUGUCCCCUUUGUGGAGAGGAGAUGCCCAGUCCCUGGUUGGGACUACGUCCGAAAAGGAGAACGCGAGAACGGGCUUCGGACCCGGCUGGGCUUGGGAAAGAUGGCCUCUGCCUCGCGGCAGCUAGCAAAACCUCUGGUCCUGAGGACCUUGGGUCAGAGCGACCUCCCUACCCCACAGAGGAUGUUAAUCUUAUCCAGAGAAACUAGGGCUCCAAUUCCACAGGUUUUCCUAUCGGCCCAGAUUGGGCCCUCCCUGCCUUGAGUACAAACAGCAAGAGCUUGCGCUGUCAGACAAGUACUGGGCUUGGAGACCCGGCUUGUAAUCCAGUUUCUGGAAGACUGCAACCCUUUUGGCAGGAGUGAGGGCUGGUAGACUAUGAGGUUUCAGAAGGGAAAAAAAGGAAAAGAAAAGACAUUCUCUUUAAAUAUUGCUUUGGCUGUGCCACCUGACCCCAGCGAGCCUCAGUUUCCACAUCCAUAAAAUGGCGAUUGUAAUUACACAGGCCUCAUGGGGUGUAAUGAGAUCUCUGGUGGAAAAACUCUGGAGAUUUUAUUACCCUGGGCAUAUUUAUCUCACAGGAAAACAGGGUAAAACUGGUUGCUCUCUAAGUGCCCUGCCAGUUCAGAAUCUGUGAUUUCGUUAGAGGGGUUGUUGGGAAGUGAGGCCCUCAAUGAGCAGAGAGGGAGCUCACUGGUUUUAUUUUCACUCGGUUUACCUGUAAGUUAAGGGUAGGCUGCACGUCUUCUGUUGUCGCUGGGUCUAGAGCUUGACUCUAGAGAGAGGAAAGGAAGAAUGGAAGCCUGGUGAAGAGGCAGAGAAGCCUGAAGGAGCUCAGUCCUGGAAGCAGCCCCUCUGAAUUCCUGGUGGUGAGAGGAUGUGGCCCCUGGACCCAUCCCUGAAAGAGGUGCUGGGGUUUGCCGUCGGCUGCCGUGUCCUGACUCUGGUGUUGCAGGCUUUCUUCAAUGCCAUCAUCCCAGACCACCGUGCAGAAGCUUUCUCGCCUCCUCGCUUUGGCCCCUCCAGCUCUGUGGACCAACUUGUAGAAGCUGGUUACUCAGAAGCUUUGUUUGCCCUCCUGACAUUCAGUGCCAUGGCGCAGCUGGAAAGGGGCCGAAGCUGGACUAGUGGACUUCUCUUUGCCCUUGCCACUGGUGUACGCGCCAAUGGGCUGGUCAACGUCGGCUUCCUCGUGCAUUCUCAGUGCCAAGGCUUUUUCUCUUCUCUCACGAUGCGGAAUCCUCUGAGGCAGCUCUUGAAGCUGAUGGGCUCGGUGUUUUUGUCAGUCCUCUCACUUGGCCUUCCCUUUGGCCUCUUCCAGUACUAUGCCUAUACCCAGUUCUGUGUUCAAGGCUCAGCCCACCCCAUCCCUAAGCCCUUGCUGCAGUUAGCUUUGGACAAGGGCUACCGAGUCGCUGAGGGAAAUGAGCCACCUUGGUGCUCCUGGAAACUUCCCCUAGUAUACAGUUACGUCCAGGACAUCUACUGGAAUGUUGGCUUUUUGAGAUACUAUGAACUUAAGCAGGUGCCAAAUUUUCUCCUGGCUGCACCAAUGGCUGUACUGGUUGCCUGGGCAACUUGGACCUACGUGACCACCCACCCGUGGCUCUGCCUUACGCUUGGGAUGCAAAGGAAUAAGAACAAUAAGAGCCUAGAGAAGCCUGACCCUGGAUUCCUCAGUCCUCGGGUGUUUGUGUACCUGGUCCACGCUGCAGUGCUGCUGCUGUUUGGCAGUCUGUGCAUGCAUGUCCAGGUUCUCACCAGGUUUUUGUGCUCCUCCACUCCCAUUGUAUACUGGUUUUCAGCUCACUUGCUUCACGAUCGAGAACCACCGCUGAGAUCCCUAAAGACUGUGCCUUGGAAGCCUCUUGCAGAAGACUUUCCACCAGGACAAAAGGUCCCCAGAAACUCUAUCAUGGGACUCUUGUACAACUGGAAAGCUUGUUCUCUGGUCACACGAUGCAUUCUAGGCUACUUCCUGACUUACUGGCUCCUGGGACUACUCCUACAUUGCAACUUCCUGCCUUGGACAUGACCUGGAGACUGAGGGGACAGGCUUGAAGCAGACUUAACUAGGAUCUGAAAGUACACAUACACUCUGGGGCUGCCUGUGCUGCCCUGGAAUUUUUAUCCAUUAGACCCUCUCUCUCUCUUUGAAGGUUGGUUGGGAACGGGAGAAGUGCGAGCCUCUAGAGAGCCCCUUCUGGGCCUGGCCAUGGCAGAUUUUAGAGUAGAAACUGUUUUCUCUGUAAAUGAAGAAAUCCUACUGCAAGUCUAAAGUACACCUAGAUCUAUCUUGUCUAUCAACCAUGGCAGAGAUCCUCUUAAACUUACCACCCACCCACAUAUCAAUUUAAAUGUAAAUUUCAUCAAAGGCUCUAACUGCUAAGUUGGGAAUAGUUCACAUGUGAUGGUGGAGGGCAGCUGAGGGGCAGUACUAAGUAAAGUGGGACCAUCUUUUCUAAAUGGGACAUUGUUUCUUUUUUUCUUUUCUCAGGCACAUCUUCCGCCUAUGGAAGUUCCCAGGCUAGGGGUCAAAUUGGAGCUGCAGCUGAGGCCUACACCACAGCCAUGGCAACACCAGAUCAGAGCCACAUCUAUGACUUAUGCUGUGGCAUGGAGACAGUGUUGGGUCCUUAACCCACUGAGCCACAAUGGGAACUUCUUGGGACAUUGUUUCUGAUGAUUUUUGCCAUGAUUUGUUCACUUAUUUAUAUGAGAAAUCUUACAAAGAUAUGCAAAUUAAACAACUUUCAGUUAUAUCUGCAA